AAAAAGCUUUUCCAAAAAAGUAUUGGCUGUGGUGAGGAAUGCGCUCUCGCCCCCUCGGGGAAGUACAUAUCUGGUAGCAGCGGGCGUCGGGGCGCUCGCACUCCGGCCCGGCCGCCCCAGCGCGCACCUCGCCCGCCGCCGCCGCCCCUCCGCUCCCGCCGCAGCCCCCCGGGCCCCCUCGCCACCGCCGCCACCAUGGACGCCAUCAAGAAGAAGAUGCAGAUGCUGAAGCUCGACAAGGAGAACGCCUUGGAUCGAGCCGAGCAAGCCGAGGCCGACAAGAAGGCGGCGGAAGACCGCAGUAAACAGCUGGAGGAGGACAUCGCGGCCAAAGAGAAGCUGUUGCGGGCGUCGGAGGACGAGCGGGACCGGGUGCUGGAGGAGCUGCACAAGGCGGAGGACAGCCUCCUGGCCGCCGACGAGGCCGCCGCCAAGCUGGAAGACGAGCUGGUGUCGUUGCAAAAGAAACUCAAGGGCACUGAAGAUGAACUGGAUAAAUACUCCGAGGCUCUCAAAGAUGCCCAGGAGAAACUGGAGCUGGCAGAGAAAAAGGCCACUGAUGCUGAGGCCGACGUGGCUUCUCUGAACAGACGCAUCCAGCUGGUUGAGGAGGAGCUGGAUCGUGCUCAGGAGCGUCUGGCAACAGCUCUGCAGAAGCUGGAGGAGGCCGAGAAGGCAGCAGAUGAGAGCGAGAGAGGCAUGAAGGUCAUUGAAAGUCGAGCCCAAAAAGAUGAAGAAAAAAUGGAAAUUCAGGAGAUCCAGCUCAAAGAGGCAAAGCACAUUGCUGAAGAUGCCGACCGCAAAUAUGAGGAGGUUGCCCGUAAACUGGUCAUCAUUGAGAGUGACCUGGAACGUGCGGAGGAGCGGGCUGAGCUCUCAGAAGGCAAAUGUGCCGAGCUUGAAGAAGAAUUGAAAACUGUGACGAACAACUUGAAGUCACUGGAGGCUCAGGCUGAGAAGUACUCACAGAAGGAAGAUAAAUAUGAAGAAGAGAUCAAGGUCCUUUCUGACAAGCUGAAGGAGGCUGAGACUCGGGCUGAAUUUGCGGAGAGGUCAGUAACUAAGUUGGAGAAAAGCAUUGACGACUUAGAAGAGAAAGUGGCUCAUGCCAAAGAAGAGAACCUUAGUAUGCAUCAGAUGCUGGAUCAGACUUUACUGGAGUUAAACAACAUGUGAGAACCUCCCUAGCUGCGGCCACAUUGCUCUAUUUUGUUGUUGUGUUGUGUUGGGUUUUUUGUUUUGUUUUGUUUUUAAACACCUGCUUAUCGUGAAAGCCCCUGAACGCAUCUUUACUUCAUUUACCGCUGUCACACCCACAUCCGUAAAGAGCCAGCUAGGGUGGGUGGGGAACGUAGGCGAGCCGUGGCAGGCGAUGAGGGCUCCACGUGCCAUUGCCCAGGUCCACAUUGCCACACUUAGUAGACUUCAGACACGCAGGGUGCUUAAGUCAGUACCGGAGUCCUCGCUAAAGCACAAAGACUUUACUUGAAGUGCCAACCAUCCGGUCAGCUGGAGGGUAGAGACAAUCAGGUGUGGAUUGGUGCUACUUUAAACAAAGGCCCCCUGUGGGCCUUCUGUUGAAUAUUGUACGAUUUUGAGUUGUGUCCAACACUAAUUUAUUGUUAAGUUUUACUGCAAGAUGAGACCACAGAUCCCAUAGGCCUGUGGCAUUGAGGCUGAGGGUUUGAAAGCACGCUCGCUCGCCGCUCUUCUGUGUUGAAGGACUCCGUUCCUUUCUGACUGGCCCACACUCAGCCCUGUACCACUCUAGGAUAGCACUGAGGUGGACUUCCACGCUUCCAGUUUUCCCUGCUAAAGUGAAAAGUCGUAGGCACUACACGCAAUGGAUCAAGCAAAACCAUGCUUUCAGAGAGUUGUAACUGUAUGUAAACAUUGUAUAAUGGAAUGAAAUAAAAUGCACAUUGUAGGACAUUUUCUAAA